AUGGACGACGACCGCACCCUGUACAUCGCUGCCCACAAUGGCCCCGCAUUGUCUUCCAUGGUACCCCUUGAUACGUUUCGCUAUGGCUUUGCGGGCUCUGAGAGCGGUCCAUACUCCUGGCUCAACUCAUCUUCUCGAUACAGAGAAAGGAAGACCAAUAAACCCAUUCUGUUGUUUGGACACUCUACCAAUUUGGAUGCGACUUCCCGGGCUCAGUCCAAGCAGCCUUAUGAGGGCGACUUGUUGUUGAACUUUGAUGCGUUAGAAAACGCGUUUGAUCAUGCAUUUAUUCAUUUGGGAAUUGAUACCGACACUGUUGAGCAUCCGAUAUUCAUGACGGAAAGACUGGCCAGUCCGUUACAUAGCAGGGCUUUAACUUCUGAACUGCUAUUCGAGGCAUACAGUGCACCUUCUGUAGCAUACGGCAUCGAUUCCCUCAUGUCUCUAUAUCACAACACUGGCACACCCAACCAGGCUCUCAUGGACUCUCUCGUCGUGUCAUUCAAUACUUCUUCCACCAGCGUGAUCCCGGUUUGCGGUGGUCGUGCGUUACUCGGACAUGCUCGACGCAUACCAUACGGCGGUUCUCAAGCAUCUGAACUCUUGUUAAAACUUGCCCAAGUCAAGUACCCUAGCUUUCCCGCCAAGGUCACCAAGGAACAGUGCACGACAAUCCUACAUAAACUAUGUGAAGUUGCACCAGACUACAACGAAAAGUUGCGCGAGCUUGCAGAUCCGGAGAAAAUGCAAGAAGCCGACCGAAUCGUUCAGUUUCCAUACGUUGCUCCUAACGAAACCGAAAAAACAGAAGAGGAACUUGCAAGGCAAGCCGAAAAGAAACGUGAGGCUGGUCGAAGGUUACAAGAAAUGGCGACCCAAAAGCGACUUGAAAAGCUUGCUCAAAAGGAGAAGGACCUGGAAGACUUGCAGGCCUUGAGGGAGUGGAAAUUCAAGGAGAAGAAGUCGGACUUUAUGUACCGACUUAGGAUGGAAGGAUUGGAUGGUGAAGAAAUGCUCGAGAGCACAAUCAAGAAAUUGGAUAAUGACAUUAAGAAAGCACGCAAAAAGGAUGCGGGAGAGUUAGAAGAAGAACCACAGCAAGAAGAGCCUGUCUUUCCCUUGCUCGAUGUCCCCGACGCAGAUCUCGACGAAGACGAAAUCAAGGAGAAACGGCGCCAAAAACUCCUUAAAGCAGGGUACGAAGCCCGCCUCAAGGCACGUAAAGAGAAAGAAGCAGCCCGCCGAGAAAAAGAAGAAGAGGAGCGCCGCGAACUCGAGGAACGCACAAGCGAUCCGGUUGGGUGGGCGUCCAAGCUCAAAGAGGACCACGAGCUGCUCGUUGACAAGCUCAAGCUACGGGAGAAGCGCAAGGCCGCCUUGGCUGAUCGAAAGAGCACAGCAAAUAUGAAUAGGAUGAAGAGUAUUGCUAAUUUGGCGAGUGACGAACCUGCGACCAAGAAGCGAAAAAAGGGAGGGAACAGCGAUAUGUUCGGAGCUAAUGACGAGGACUGGGCGAUUUAUCGUAAAAUCAACAUUGCGGUCGAAUCCUCGGAUGAAGAGGAUGACUUGCAGCAACUUGCUGUUAUUGAAUCCAAGCUGUUGCAACAUGAUCCGGACUUUACGCCUGCCCACACCUACGCCUCACUCAAACACCAAAAAUCAGCUCUCCUCAGUGCGUAUAGACCGUCGUACGAUCAGGCCGAGUUGGAUCCAAACCCGGGCACAACCACUCGCUCGCGGGACAUCGAGGGCGCGCACCGACUGCAUUUGAACGUCGAGAGGUGGCGUGUACCCGAGGUGUGGUUCCAACCUGGGACAGCGGGAAUCGACGCCGCGGGGUUGGGCGAAGUCAUGGCGAGCCUGUUACCGCACACACGCUGUGGGCGAAUUUUCAUCACCGGUGCACCCGCAUUGACGCGUGGAAUGCGCGAGCGUGUCGAGACAUGUAUUCGACCACUGCUAGACCCCGAUAUGCCUGUGACAGCGCUCCAGGCCAAGGAUCCCGAAUUGGAUGCGUGGCGAGGUAUGAGCCAAUUCGCGAGCACGGAAGAAUUCAAGACGGCCGUUAUCACCAAGGCUGAGUAUGAAGAGUGGGGCGGGGAGAGGAUCCGACGGUGGUGGGGCGGGAAUUGGAACAAUGCAUUCUAG